AUGGCCGAAUUGAAAAAGCUGUUCGCCCAACGUAGCCAAGUUGAGGCAAGAGUGGACAAGCUGCGAGAACAGACCCGAUGUGAUAGUGGCAUCCAACCUGACUUCCCGCAAGUGAAGAAAUUUGAAAGUGAACUCCAGUGCUACUAUCAGAAGUAUCAGAGAGUGUAUGGGGAACUCCUAUCCGUUCUCCCAGCCGAAAGAUUCGAGGAGUUAGAUGAAGAUUACUGGCGCUUCGAAGAUGCCCACAAUGAAGCCUGUGUUCUGGUGGAAACCCUCUUGAUUUCCUGCCCGACCACCAGUGACAGGUUUAACAAGCGAAAGUCAACAUCCACCUGCUUCGAUGCGACCACUGUACCACGCUGGCUCAGCCCUCCAACCCGAAGAAGCCAGUCACCGGGUCCAACGACGGAACAGCCUGUUCCGAGUCCUGACGUGUUUGAGAGGCCACGCACGUCUUUGCCGAAAGAGAAAAUGGUGAGUACGAAUGUUACCAAUCCAUUCCAGACUGCGAAGCCGCGCUGCGGCGAAGAUUCCUCCAAGAAGAAGACGCCUUUGCGUGGACCGGCCGAGGUCCCAUCCGAGAGUGAUUUCGUCGAGGUCACUAUUCCUGAGUCGGCAGCCCCGCCAGCCGAAGAAGCAGUCAAGCGUGUAGAAAAGGUGACAACCGUUGCCUUCGAGAAUCCUUCGACGAGCCAGGAGGACUUCCUUGUCGGCAACGAGCCAGCCAAGUUUGUCGACAUUCCAUCCGAAGAUCCCAAGACACCGACGUCAAGCAAAGCGCCCUCUGGAACCAAUCCGGUGGCGAACCCGUUCCGAAUUCCAUUCGACCCUACUGGAGUUCAUCCGAAGCUGUCAACGUUUCCGAUGCCUACUGGAUCAGAUCCGGUGCCGAAACCGUUUCGACCGCCACCAGGAUUCCAUCCCAAGCCCAAGUGGAACCUGAAGCCAACCGGAAUGCCUCCGGUGUCCCAGAGUCCGACCGGAUCCCUUCCGGUACCACAGCCGCCCCAAUGCAAGGCCGGUUCCCUUCCGGCAUACCAGCAGCAACAGAGUCCGACCGGUCUCCUUCCGGUACCCCAACAGUUGCAGUCCGUGACCGAAUCCAGUUCGGAAGCCCCAUCGCUCCAGUGUAAGGCCGGUUCCCUUCCGGCAUUCCAACCGAAACAGAAUCCGACCGGUUUCCUUCCGGUAUCCCAGCCGUUCCAGUCUACGACCGGUUCCUAUCCGGUAUCCGAGACGCUGCAGUUCGUGACCGAAUCCCGUUCGGUAACCCCACAGCCCAAGUCUACGGCCGGUUCCUAUCCGGUACUCCAACAGUUCCAGCGUGCGACCGAAUCCCAUUCGGCAACCAAUCCGAUCCUAAGGUCUACCGGAGCCUGCCUGGUGGUCGAUUCCGCCCUGAUGCCCGUCGAUACCCGUUCGGCGGCCAAGUCAACCAAGAGUUCUACCGGUGCCCGUUCGGUGGAUAACUCCGUCAUGAUGUUCGUCGGUUCCAGUCCGACGGUCAAACCGACCAAGAUGCCCAUCGGUGCCCGUCCGAUGGUCAAGUCCAACGAGAUGCCUGCCGGUUCCCGUCCGGUGGUCAAUUCCAUCCAGGUGUCUGCCGGUUCCUGUCCGGUGGAAAAGCCACUUCUGAUGUCCGCUGGUGCCAGUCCAGUGGGCAAGCCUAGCCUGCGUCCAUCAUCUAUCGGUACCAGUCCGGUAGUCAAGACAACCGUCGAUACCCGUUCGGCGGCCAAGAAAUCCAAGAUGUCUGCCGGCACCUGUCCGGUGGUCAAGUUGCACGAGAUACCUGCCGGUUCCCGUCCGGGGGUCGAAGCCAACCUGAUACCCAUCGGUUCCUAUCCGAUGGUCAAGUCCUGUCAGAUGUCUGCCGGUUCCCGUCCGGUGGAUAAACCACUCAUGAUGUCCGCUGGUGCCAGUCCAGUGGCCAAGCCGAUCCUGCGCCCAACGUCUAUCGGUACCAGCCCGGUAGUCAAGCCAACCGUCGAUACCCGUUCGGCGGCCAAGACGCCCAAGAUGUUUGCCGGUCCUUCUCCGGUAGCCACGCCGAUCCCGAUGUCCACUGGAACCUGUCCGGUGGGCAAUUGCGCUCCAAUGUCCGUCGGUCCCCGUCCGACGCUCAAACCGAAUCCGAUGUCCGCUGGAAGCAGUCCAGUAGACAGUUCCGCCCUCAAGUCCGCCGGUUCGUAUCCGGCAACCGAACCGAAGUUGAUGCCCAUCGGUGUCCGUCCGAUGAUCAAGUCCGAUCCGAUGUCCGUCGGUUCCAGUCCGAUGGUCAAGCUAGUUCCGCGGUCUGCUGGAACCUGUCCAGUAGACUAUUCCACCCUCCAGUCCGCCGGUUCCUGUCCGGCAACCAAACCGAAGCUGAUGCCCAUCGGUGCCCGUCCGGUGGUCAAGUCCGCACAGAUGUCCACCGGUUCCUGUACGGUGGUCAAGCCACUUCCUGAACACGCUGGUACCAGUCCAGUACGAAAACGAAUCCUGACGUCUGCCGGUGCUCGACCGGUGACGAAGUCCAUCAUGAUAGCCAUCAGUACCAGUUCAGUGGUCAAGCUGUCCUCGAAGUCCGUCGGUGCCUGCCCGAUUGUCAAGACGUUCCUGAAGCCCGUCGGCACCAGUCCGAUGAUCAAGCCCAAGCCGUUUCCGAAGUCCACUGGAACUAGUCUAGUGGUGAAGCCAAUCGAGACGUCCGCCGGUAGCAGUCCGGCAGUCAAGCCCUUCGUAGUGUCAGCCGGUCUCUACCCGGUAACCAAGCCAUUGUUGAUGUUCGCUGGAAGCCGUCCAGUGGACAAACCCGUCCCAAAGCCUGCCGAAACCCGUCCGGUGACCAACUCAAGCCUGACGUCAACCGGCACUCCUACAGAGAACCCGUCGGUUCUCCUUCCUGUUAUGUCUGCCGGCAUCCAGCGAAUUGCAAAGCCCAUUCCGAAGAUUGAGAUGUGUCUAACCAGAAAGCGAAGCCCACCGACAGUCGGAAUCCUUCCGGCACUUAAGCGAAACGAGAGCCUAGAAGAACGAGUCCCAAGCCCGAAGAUAGCCGGAACCAGUUCGGUAGUGAGAGAACCUCCCGAGAAGAAGCAGUGGGUCGUGGUGUUGUCGGGGAUGAGCCAAACACCACUGGAUCCGCCACCGGUCGGCCAGACUGGUGAAUGCAAGCAACUCCAUUCCGACCCAAGGCCGAGGAAGCCUCCCGAUGAACCAUCCAAGCGAUCCCGACCCAGCGAAGCCAUCCCAGAGCGCGUGUCCCGAACGCGUCCACCGAACGACCCGAAGGAAGAUGAUCCAGACACCACAGGUGAGCAAGCAUUCGAUCCGUGGUGUGUGAGUUCCCUAUCCUGGCUUUACGUGGUUCCCCCAGUCCUCCAUUGA